GUCACAUGAGAUGUGGUGAGAGAGCUCCUAAGCUAAAUAUUUAUAGCACACAGCCUUCUUUUUGCAGCAUUUCUGUCUCUCUUUUGCUUCUUCUCAAAUCCUUCAGUUGGUGUGGAGGAUCAGUUUCCCAAGAUGGCAAGCUACCUACAGAAUGAAUUGCCAUUUAAUGUUCAGGGAAUGGCCACCAUAGCACGGUUUCUUUCACAUUCAAACAUGUGGGGUGAGCUGUGGGAGACUGCUUAUUGUGAUGGUGAUGAUGGUGGAGCAGGAGGAGCUUCUUCUUCGUCGUCGUUGAAUCAACUCUUCUCAAGUCCUGAGUCUAGUUCCUCUGUCGAUGAGGCCGUAGCUUCCGGUUUGAAUAAUAAUAAUGUUGCAGAAUUCACCACCCCAAUCAUGGUACCCGAACAACAAAUCUGUCCAAUUUCAUCAUGUGUUACUUCUGCAUCAAAUUCUCUUAGCUCCCCACAGGGACACUCUGAUGUCAAUGGAAGCUUCAGCACUCCUGUGAAUUUUAUAGAAUCAUUCCCUGAAUUAAGCCAAGCCCAAGCUUCUACAGCACCUUCACCUCCCACAGCUCCAAAUUUUCCCAGCUUAAGUCUCUUCUUGCCGGAACCUGCCAGCAUAGAGCCCACAACAAGCAUCAGCUGCAAUAACCAGAGGUCUCUACCCAUGUUGUCAUCGUCAAAUCCAUUCUAUAACGUCUCAGACCUUCACCAAAUUCAGCUUCAACCAGGACUUGAAUGGCUCAGGAUCAAUCAGAGUCUCAUGAGCCGUGCUUCAAAAAGCUCUGGUGACCAUUUGCUUGGCGCCACCAAGACACAACCCAUGAAGUACAGUGGAAGAAGGAUGCAAGAUCAUCAACAGAAAACGUUCUCAUCCCCAACUAAGCUCUACAGAGGAGUGAGGCAAAGACAUUGGGGGAAGUGGGUUGCAGAGAUCAGGCUACCGAGAAACAGAACAAGGGUGUGGUUGGGAACUUUUGACACAGCCGAAGAUGCCGCUUUUGCCUAUGACACAGCUGCUUACAGGCUAAGAGGAGAAAAUGCGCAUUUGAAUUUUCCGGAUCUAAAGCAUCAACUCAAGCUAAACUCUCUGAUUGGAAGCACUGCAGCUCUUCUGGAAGCAAAGCUGAAGGCUUUUUAUGAAGGCAUUCAACCUCAAAAGAAACCAACAAACCCACCACCAUCACCACCAUCCUCAGAGACACUCACAUCUGAGAAUACAACUGUUGAUACUUUGGAUCAAAAGCUAUCGAGAAGGGAGUGCUCAUUUGAUUUGGAGAAAAGUGCUGGAUCUGAAGUUGUUGAGAGCAAGAAAACUGUGGGGUUACUCUCUGAUGUGGAUGCUGUUCCAUUAAGUAGAAUGCCUUCUUUGGACAUGGAUAUGAUCUGGGAUUCCCUCCCAGUUGCUGAUUCAUGAAAAACUCUGUUAAGUUUCAAAAUUCAUCUAGUUUAUUGCAAAAAACAAAAAACAAAAAACAAAACAAAACAAAAAAAAAGAUCUGCUGUGAAUUGCAGACCCAACAGAGAGAAGUCGGGUAGAUCUGCAAGUGGUUGUGUUUAUAUCCUAACCAACAUUGGAUGUUGAUUACUUUUUUUUCUUUUAUUCUUUAUCUUCAUUAAUGACCUGAAUCCAGAUUCAGGAUCUCUGCAAUUCUUAUCCCAUAUGACCUUUGUAUGAAUGGCUUCCUUUUGACAUUUUUCAAUAU